CGUGUGUCAUGCUAUCAACGUCGUACUUGGUUGUAAAAGCUAUCCGUAACUGAUUAUCGUAAGUCUUACGGUACGUACCGACCGAUAAAGCUCCAACGUCAAGUAAUUGUGUACACACUGAUUUGCUACUCCACCCAUUCAAAGUAUCAUAAACUAUCCCCAAAUUUCCAUAAGUUAUUCUAUCCUUUGAUAAAAUAUCAUUUGCUAAAGAGGCAGUCCUGGAUCAGUCUGAGUAUUCAUUAUUUAUUUGAAUAGAGCUGUGACAUCCGCCACUGCUGGCUCGGAGCUACUCAUAUCUACAUUUCUUCCCUACAUCACUCUACUUCUCUGUUUAUUUCCUCCUCAACAUAACAUUUUCGUUAUACUCUUGCGCAUUCAAUCUCGCUCGAAAUGGCUGAUAUAAUUACCAAGCUAAAUCCCGACACCCAUCUAAUUCUUGUAGUCAUCCCAUCUUCCCUCGCCCAUCCAUCCAUCCAGCUAGCUAACCACAUCAUAGGACCAACCACUUCUCCGCCUUCCCCUCGAACUUCUCCGCAAAAACUUCAAAGUCGUACAUUUCAACCUCGAAAAAGAAAGCGCCAGCGUAAAAGCAACACUCCGCGAAACCACCGACGCAUCUCUAAAUCAAAAUGCCUCUCCAGACGAUAUUCUCAAAAAUGUUGAUUCGAUGUUAUCUCGGAUGCGAGGUCUAAAGAGGAAACUACAAUCAUGCGCAGAAGAAGAAAAGAGACUUCAGGAACAAUCUGCGGCGAGGAUAAAACAUCUCAGUGCUCUAUAUGAGAUGAAGAGUUUGGAUGAUGUGAAAUAUGAAGAAUGGAGUCGGACACGACUGGAUCGUUUAUUAGUGGAUUAUCUAUUGCGAAAUGGAUAUAAGGAUAGUGCGACUGCUUUGGCGAAAGAGAAGAAUAUUGGACAAUUGGUUGAUGUGGAAACUUUUGUCCAGAUGAGUAGGAUUAGAGAUAGUCUAUGCAGUGGCAAAGUUGCUGAAGCACUGGCGUGGUGUUCGGAGAAUAAGAAAGAAUUGAGGAAGAUGGAGGUAAGGAUGCGAAGUCUAUAUUUCCAUACAUAUACUCAUUUUUUUCCAGAGUAACCUCGAAUUUAUGCUUCGUUUUCAACAAUAUGUCGAGUUAGUACGAACACAAGAUGAGGCGAAGCUGGUUGAAUCGAUCGCGCAUGCGAAAAAGUAUCUAUUACCAUUCCGAGAGAGCUACCCCAAGGAAGUACAACAAGCAUGUGGACUUCUUGCAUUUCCUCCUGGUACAAGAGCUAGCGGUUAUGGAGUAUGUUAUCCUUCAUUUAAUUCUAUAUUCCUAACAUAUUUCAGGAACUUUACAGUCCAGCCCGGUGGACAGAUUUAGCCACACUAUUCACAGAAACUCACAAUACCCUUUUAUCCCUUCCAUCCGUCCCGCUCCUACACAUCGCACUCUCCGCCGGUCUCUCAGCUCUCAAAACGCCAACUUGUCAUUCCUCCCAUAUUUCCUCCAUCUCUCCUGCUUCAACUACCGCAAACACUACAUCAGUCUGUCCCAUUUGCAGCAUCGAACUCAAUGAUCUUGCUCGGAAUAUGCCUUAUGCACAACAUACUAAAAGUCAUGUCGAAAGUGAUUUGGUGCUUCUUCCGAGCGGAUAUGUGUAUGGAGAACAUAGAUUGCAGGAACAUGGUCGGAAGAUGGGUUUGGCAGAGGGUGUAUAUAAAGAUUUGAGGACGGGUGAUGUUUAUAGGAAGGAGGAGACGAAGAAAGUUUAUAUCUCUUGAUUGAUGGUAAUGAGUUAACUAAAUGAUGGAUGCGUUUCUUCUAGUGGUUGAUUGCGGGAAUUUGGAGUUAGGGUGUGUAUAGUGUUGGGAUGGGAGUUUGAAUUAAGAUGUUUAUAGUAUUCGAGACGGCAGUUUAUCAUAUGCUGGGGAGAUGAGGUACAUAGAAUGUAUUAUGAAUGAUUAAAUGUGACGGCUCUUUCCAGGUAUGUGUAUAUAUACAUGAAUAAGAGUCUAAAUCCCACUUCUUUUCAUAUCCUUCCCCAUCUAGAU